AUGACUAAUAUACCAACUAAUAAUCGUAAUUAUUUUAAAUUAGAACUGCUAAUAGCACGUUCUUAUGUUAUACUUCGACAGUUGUUCAAAACUCGGUAUUCUUUGUUCAAUGGCGGUAAAAUAUGGGAUGAUUCAACAACAUGUGGAAAGAAUUUUUGGACUAAUAUUGUCACGAAAAAUAAAAAGAUUAAUUUAACAUCCGUACAAAAGACUUCAGUUACCAACGGUAAUUCAAAUGAUUGGGAUUUAACAACGUUAACUGCACUUCUGCUAAAUAGUGAUCGUCCGAAAACGCUAAAUAAAACUCAGAUACAACAGCUCGAUAAUGAAGAUAAAAUUUUAACAGAAUUAAGAGAUAUUCGAAAUAAAUUAGCUCAUCAUGCGUCGAAAUCUAUUGAUGAUGUUGAAUUUAAUCAACUAUGGUCUGAGUUAACAACAAUUCUAGUUGCGUUAGGUGACAUAGACAGCGAAUUAGAUAAAAUCAAGGAUGAUAGUGUGUUUGAUACGCGUACUCAAUCAAUAAACGAAGAAAACGUACAAGAAGCAUUACGUUUAAAUGCACUUGGUACACAAGCUCACAAAGAUCGAAAAUUUUCAGACGCUAUUACAUUAUUUACAAAAGCAACUGUUUUAUCAGGUGUUUCCAAUCAUGACCGUGCUGUUUUCUAUUCAAAUAUGUCUUCCAGUCGUCUGGCAUUGUAUGAACUAAAAUCUGGAUCUUCAAAUAAAACUGAAAUAGACGAUCCAAGAGAUCACCGCUAUCGAGCAUUGCAAGAUGCUAAACAAGCUCGAAUUCUUUGGCCAACUUGGUGGAAAGGACAUUUUCGUGUUGGUAAAGUCUAUGCCACUAUAAAUGAGCAUGAAAAAGCUAUUAAUUCCUUUGAACGAGCACUAGCUCUUGGUCCGACAAAUAACGAUGUACAAAAAGCAUUAGAUAAUAGUCGACUAAUAUAUAGUCAGCAAUUACGACAAGAACAUCUUGAUCCAAGGCUACAACCCAAAACGAUGGAUGAACAACUAAGUGAACUACAGCAAAAAAUGGGAGUAAAUCCAGAACAUGUACGAUCAGGCCAUAGUUUAAUCAAAGAAAUAGACCCAUCUGGGGCCGAUGUGGUCAAAGCACAUAAAUAUGAACACGGAGAUAUUGACGUUAAACAAGACUAUGAACAGGCUGCUAAAUAUUUUGCGAAAGCAGCAAGACAAGAAAACGCCGAAGGAAUAUAUAAUUUAGCUCGCUUGACCGAUCGUGGUUUAGGUGUGAAGAAAGAUCAUAAUUUAGCACUCAAAUUAUAUGAACAAGCCGCUUCACUACCACCAAAACAUCCGAUAUUUAAAGUUAUACCCAACUUGGGCGUAGCCGAAGCUGAGCAUGCUUUAGGGCUUAGGUAUGCCGAAGGUAUUAGUGUUCACAAAGAUUUACCUACUGCUGCAUACUGGUACCAACGAGCUAUGGAACAUGGUAGUGGUCCAGCAGCUAAUAAUUUGGCUUUAAUGUAUCUACACGGCACUGGUGUUGAUAAAAACCUCGAAAAGGCGGAACAACUGUUAGAGCUAGCGUCGAAAAGAGGCGAUCCAAAUGCCAUGUUGACUUUAGCCGGACUUUUAUUACAUAAAAAUGAUUUUAAAAUGGCAAAAAUAUGGCAUGAUCGAGCUUGUGAAUCUGGCAAUAUUGUUGCUCAAAUGGGUCGUAAUAAGUUUGAGGAAAUGUUAAGCGACAAAAAACAGUUUAUUAACUGUAGUUCACCUAAUAUUUUACAAAUGGUUGAUGGAAUGAAAAACGUAAUUGAUUCGUUGAAGCCAAAAGGAGCCGUAUAUAAAACUUCUAAUAAAUCAUACAUCCAUGAUUACAAUAUGUUUAAUGAAUAUGCCAACCGUGGUUCAAUAACAGCUAAAAAAAUGUGUGAUGCUCUGGAGCAUUAUAUGGAAGCAUUCAAUGUACUUACGCAUUCUGAAACUUUAGCAGAAAAAGAGGAAGAUUUGUUUGUACAUCAACUUGCACAGUGUUAUCGUAUUGAGCAUAUUGUUGCUCAAAUUCCUAGUAUUAAAAUGCGUCAGAGAAUUGAAGAAAUUGUUGACCAUGUACUUCAUCGUAACAGUUUAGAAUUUAAUGUCAACAAUUCGCAAUCUGAUGAAGAUGCCCGAAUAUGUUAUGCUGUAUUACAUAUGGAUUCGCAUGCGUUGGUUGCCAAAUUUCUCGAGCAAUGCAAAGAAAAAUAUCCAAAAUCAAUUCAUUUUUUUGAAUUAAGCGCAACAGUACAUGGAUGGUUAGAUCAGUAUGAAACUGCUAUAUACGUCGCUAAUUCUGGACUAAAAGUAGAUCCAGACUACUACGAAUUAUUAUAUUAUAAAGCUGUUGCAUUACGCUUAUUAGACAAGGACUUGAAUGAAGCAAUCGAAGCGUAUCGUACCUUUUUAGCAGCAGCCCCUAAAGAUCAUCGUAAAGUGCCUGAAUCAUAUUAUGCAAUGGCUUGUUGCUAUAUCGCACGUCUAAAAGAUAAUGGUAUGAUAGAUAAAGGUAUGAUAGAUAUUGUCGAAAAAACAUAUAAGGAAGGUGAAGAUGCGGAAAAACUACAAUUGCCAUGUUUUCUACCUUAUGAUUCAAACAAUAAAACACUUGUUAAAAGUAUGUUUGAUGCAAAAUCUCUAUUAAAUACACAAUCAUCUCCUCCUAUUAAUCUCAAACUGCGUCUAACAGAUCCACAUCGAGUUAAACUUAUCCAAGAGCAUCGUGAAUGGGAAGCCAAAACAUUAAAAGCGAUAAAUGAUCCCUACUAUUCUCUGGAAACCGGUACUCAUAAACCUGGAGUUAAACAGCAAACAGCUAAAUCAUUUAUUGGUUUAAAAGCAAUUUCAUUGAAAGAAAUGGAUCCAACAAAAGAGCAUGUUUACGAAGGAUAUGUUCUUUCUGCAAAAAUUAUCGAAGUAGCUUAUACAUGGUCUCCAUCAAUUCAUCUGGUUAUUGAAGAUGAACAUCUUGAUUGUGAACGAAUGUUCAUUUAUGAUUUUCCACAAGAACAAGGUCACUAUUUAACCAGUAAAGUGUACACAAUCGGAAGCAAAUUGAAUAUUAUAAACCCAUACUUACGAAUAGGUAGAUGUGAUAUGAAACCCUUAAUUCGUGUCGACGAUUCUUCAUCAAUUAUAAUGCAAAGUGAAUCGGAACGGGUGUUAAACAUGUGUCGAUGCUGUGGAAUAUCAAAUGCAUUAAAUGUUUGUGGUAAAUGUAAACAAGCACGUUACUGUACAAAACAAUGUCAAACAAUGGACUGGGAAUUAUAUAAACACAAACUAAUAUGCAAAAAACUAUGA